AUGACGCUCAUGAAGCUUUCUCAGCUUUCUUUACUACUUGCUGGCUUGGUCGCAGCUCAAGGUCAACAGAAUGUUCAAUUCAAUCAGGUUAUCAAUCUCAAUGGGGAUAUGCAACUCAACAGCUUAGUGUUUCCCGACAACACCAAGAUUGAAACGUUUUCCCAAACGCAGCGUCAAAUCAUCGUCAACCAGAACCCUAACCCAUUGCCGGCAAGCCACGUUGUCGGCUCAUCAGGGCAGCCCUUCGUUCAACUCUCGCGCAAUUCUUUCACUAUUCAGACCAAUGGCGCCAACGAUCUAGUAGGCGCUCAGAUCGAGCUGGCCAUUGACCAAAACACGCUGCAGCAAGCUGGUGUCACCGCUGAUAACACCUAUGUGGCGAUGCUGUCAAAGGACCGCCAAGCGUGGAUCGUUAUGGAAACCGUCAAGAGCGUCAACAUCACCGAUGCAAAUGUCCGUAUGGUCAAGCUGAAUCAGAUCGAUGGCGAGUACGUGGCGGUAGGCCGCCAAACUAGCGAACUUGGCGUCUCUUUGACACCCUUUGGUCAGCCUGUCAAGAUCGUAGGAUCCGGCAUUCAGGAGGCGGAAUUUCAGGACGGAUUCCGGAUGUCCAUCAGGGCUAGUCAGCCAAUGAGCAUCCGCACGGACGUUGUCAACGGCAUCAGCCCUGAAAUGGUCACCAACGGCAUCAUGUCCAUUAACAACUACCGCUACCUCGUCACGAGCAACCUGGCAGGAGUCGUGCCUAGCCUCAACAGUAUGACAGCCGUGGUCCAGAUGCCGCUGAAUGUUGAUCGACUCAUGGCGAUGGCCAUGCGCGCAGGUGCUGCACCUCAGACUUCCAUCACACUCGGCAUCGCUCAACGCCCGGUUCUUCAGAACCCUGGUGGUGCCGCAGGUGCACUGCAGGCUGCUCGCUCCAAGCGUCAAGAAGUGAACAACGGAACCGCUGGCCAGCAACCUCCAGCGAACGGCGGUGGUAACACUGCCGGCAACGGUGCAGGAGCCGCUGCUGGUAACGCCCCCGCUGUCGCACCGCCUCCGCCAGGAGGAAACACUCAGAACCCCCCUUCAAAUGCCGGUCCUGCGAUCCCUGCGGCUACGCAGCUUCUCCUGGCUCAAACCUUCAGCCCGAUCAGUGCCCAGGUUCUCCUUGACAGAGAGAAUGCUCGUAUCGCCGUUCCUGUCAAUCAGAUUGACGGCGAGUUCAUUCUUACUAUGAUGGUCGCCGGGACGCCAGUUGGCGCCCAACCCCAGCCCGCCCCUCAGCAAGGCCAACCGCAACAAGGCCAGCAGCAGGGCGGUGGUCUCGUACAGCCCGGCACGCCCCAACAGGGAGGUGGUGGCAUCACCGGUGCGCAGCCUGGCCUCGCACCGGCCAGCGCCCCGAAGGCUGCCAGCGCUGCUAGGCAGCCGACACGCAGACAAGGACCCGAGGCGCCGCCGGCAGCCGCCCCGAUUCCUAUGGGAGGCUAUGAGAUGAAGAUGGCCGACCUCAUGGCUAUGGCUGAGACAAGGCGCAAUGGAGGCGUCAUGGCUACGUGGGAAAUAAUGGCCAACUUUGCUGCACAGCAGAAGCCCGACCAGAAGAAGUCCGAGAUCAUGAGCCCAAGGUCGUUCCCGAUGAGAAGACGUCUGGGCACGCAUUCCUAG